UCUGCCAAAACCUCAAGCUUCCUUUUUGAUCUCAUCGUCUCGUUAACGAUAUAAAAGAAUCAUCCUUUACAUCUUGCAAGGACUUCCUCUGUCUUGGAAUCUUAAAAGCUGCUUGCUGCGCAGAAGAAGCAUUGAAUCUUUUAAUAGUGCGCUUGAUUAAAAACCGUGAAGAUGAAGUUUGGAGUUUUAACACUCUCUUUUGUUCUUAUCCUGGAACUAGUCUUUGGUUCAUUCUUGGUGGAGAAGAACAACCUUAAAGUAACUUCACCUGACACCAUCAAAGGUGUUUACGAAUGUGCCAUUGGUAAUUUUGGAAUUCCAAAAUACGGUGGAACACUUGUUGGAACCGUCGUGUAUCCCAUGUCGAACCAUAAGGGGUGUAAGAGCUUCAGCGAGUUCGGUGUCUCCUUCAAAUCCUCUGCUGGAAGCUUACCAACUUUCCUUCUUAUUGAUCGAGGAGAUUGUUACUUCGCUCUCAAGGCAUGGAACGCUCAACAAGCCGGAGCAGCAGCCAUUCUAGUAGCUGAUAACAAACUGGAACCACUAAUCACAAUGGACACACCAGAAGAAGACAACGCUAAUUUAGAAUAUCUAGAAAAGAUCAACAUUCCUUCAGCACUAAUCAGCAAAUCGUUAGGAGACAGCAUAAAAUCGGCUAUAUCAGAUGGUAACAUGGUCAACAUGAAACUAGACUGGACCGAGUCAGUUCCACACCCAGACGAGCGUGUGGAAUACGAGCUUUGGACCGAUAGCAACGAUGAGUGUGGUAAAAAAUGUGACACACAGAUUCAGUUUCUCAAGAACUUUAAAGGAGCAGCUCAGAUUCUUGAGAAAGGAGGGUACACUCAGUUCACACCACAUUUCAUCACUUGGUAUUGUCCCAAGGCUUUCUUGGUGAGUAAACAGUGUAAGUCUCAGUGUAUCAACCAUGGAAGGUACUGUGCUCCUGAUCCUGAGCAGGAUUUCACAAAAGGGUAUGAUGGAAAAGAUGUUGUUGUUCAGAAUUUGCGUCACGCUUGUGUGUUUAGAGUUGUUAAUGAGAGUGGUAAGGCGUGGAAAUGGUGGGACUAUGCUACUGAUUUUUCUGUUAGGUGUCCCAUGAAGUAUAACAAGUAUACAAGUGAAUGUGCUGAUGAAGUUAUUAAGUCACUUGGAAUUGAUGUUGAGAAGGUGUACUUGUGUAUGGGAGACACUGAAGGAGAUGUGGAGAAUCCAGUUCUUAAAGCAGAACAGGAGUCACAGGUAGGCAAAGGUUCUCGUGGAGAUGUUACUAUCCUCCCAACACUUGUGGUGAACAACAGGCAAUACAGAGGUAAGUUGGAGAAAGGAGCAGUGCUGAAAGCUAUAUGCGCAGGGUUUCAAGAGUCAACAGAACCAGCCAUAUGUUUAACUGAAGAUCAAAACACCAAUGAGUGUUUAGAAAACAAUGGUGGAUGCUGGCAAGAUAGAGCUGCUAACAUCACUGCAUGCCUGGACACUUUCAGGGGAAGAUUGUGUGAGUGCCCUACUGUUCAAGGUGUCAAGUUUGUUGGUGAUGGUUACACUCACUGUAAAGCUUCUGGAGCUUUGCGCUGUGGAUUCAAUAAUGGAGGAUGCUGGAGAGAAACCAGAGGUGGCUACACAUACUCUGCUUGCACUGAUGAUCAUUCAAAUGUUUGCAAAUGCCCUCCUGGUUUCAAGGGGGAUGGUGUAAAGAGCUGCGAAGAUGUGGAUGAGUGCAAAGAGAAACUGGCUUGCCAGUGCCCAGAGUGUAAAUGCAAAAACACAUGGGGAAGUUUUGAAUGCAGCUGCAGGAAGGGUUUUUACUUGCGUGAGCAUGAUACUUGCAUUGGAGCAUUUGGAGUAAUGAAGCUAGGCUGGAGCUUUGUGUUGAUACUCUUACUAGCGUUAACUGCUGCGACUCUUUCAGGAUAUGCUAUUUACAAAUACAGAAUCAGGCAUUACAUGGACUCGGAGAUUCGGUCGAUCAUGGCGCAGUACAUGCCUCUGGACAGCCAGCCCAACAAUACUGAAACUCAUAUGGACUUUUGA